CCGCAGCGGUCGCCGCUAUCCGCCUCCCCUCGCCGCCGCCCUCUUCUCUCUCACGCCAGAUGCAGGGCGUCACUGUGCACUCCCCCUCCACUUCUUCGCGCGGAAGAAUCCGCCCGCGGCACGGACCGGAAGCUUCGCGGUCGUCUUCUCUCCUGUUCCAGGCGACUGCGUUUCGGCGAUUCGGGACGAGGCGACGGCGAUUCGGGCGCGCUAGCGUGCCGGUCCGCGUCGGAGCUGUGGACGACGAAGCCGAGGUGGUCAGCAAGGUGCUCCGUUCAAGACCGAAGACGAAGAGGGCGCAAAUCCGGCUCCCUCCAGGUUCGUCGCCACCGCUUGGUUGCUUUCCCCGUCCGACCAUCGACUCCAUCAUCGGAUCCCCAAUCCAGCAGUUCGAAUCGUCUUAUUACCGCCCAAAUCUUCGGAUCUUGAGCACAGUUACGAAUGGCAUCCUCGAAAGAAGACACCAUGAAGUCUUUGGUUAAAGUACUUGUCGACUGUGCCGAGGAUGCCACAAAAUCCCUUCGUGGAUUAGUAGAUCAUGCAUUAGACCACAUGCAUGACGAAGAGAUAUUAGCUAGAACCCUCUUUGCCAUGAAAGAAAAACUUGAUUUGCUUCACCAAGAUGCCUUAGAGGCAAAAGUCCAAGCUUUUCCUGAAAUUGCUAAGUACGAGGGGGAUGACAUAAGUGUUCAACCGACAUCUCCUUCGACCCCUCCUACAGUUACUGAACCAUCUGUCGACGAAGAGGAGUUCUACUGCCCGGAUGUGAGUGACGAGUGGUACUUCAGCGACUUAGAUAGGUCAACUCGUAAUAGCUAUUGGAAUAUUUAUUAGUUGCCUGUACUCCAGCUGUACAAGCAGGAUUUGCUUUUGAACAUCCCACUACUCGGGUUGUCGUAGUUGUCAUGUUGUCGAACUAGUCGUGUCAUGUAUGUCUAAUUCUCCAUGCUACCUCGUCAGCUUAAGUUAGUAUGAUGUCCAGAACGUUGUCGUCUGCGAACUGUGAUGACUCUUAAAUGUUCUGAUGCUAGUCCUUAAUAAGUUGAUGAAAUUAUGGUUCUAUUAUUUCAGUGUCUUUAUAUGGUUUGUCUUAAGUUUAACGUACCUCGAUUUGUCGAUUGGCUUCAAUGUGUUUCAUAAGACUAAAUGUGUGCCAUCUCCACAUAUCCUAGCAUGGACCCUGCCAGCAAUGCGACAUCGUCGCAGGCGAUGUCGAAUCCCUCAAAUGCCCAGCAAUUUCCACCACCACCACCCUUAUGGCCAACAGGCUACAUGCAGUAGAAUCCAGUCGAUUGCAACAUGAUGGGAAACAUUAAUUUUCCUAGUCCUGGUCAAGGUCCAACUACAAUGUGGGCUCCAAUUCAGGCAGGGAACACUAGUUCCCAAUCAACCAUGAUCCCUGCUUCCCAAUCUGCACUAUAUUGGAAUCACUACAUGAAUUUUGUGAGGAACCGUCUUGGGUCGGUGGGAAUGAGUCCAUACACAGAUUCAUAUCCACCUUCACUAUCAAGUACACCGUUGCAGGGUUCGAAUACUAUACCACAAAUGCCUGUAAACUUGGAGUCAGAUGUUGAACACAGUGUUCAGGACAUCAAUAGUCCUGAGAAAAAUGCACCUCCAGUUCAAAAACAAAAGAAAUCUAAGGAACAAAACUUUACAGCCCCAGAAGACAGACUCCUUUGUACUACUUGGUUGCAAAUAAGUAGUGACCCCAUUGUGAAUACUGGGCAAAGGAGGGAGGGUCUCUGGGCCAGAAUUGAAAAAAGGUACAAUGAACAAAGGGGGGAAUUUCCUUGUCGACUAAACAGAGCACUCAGCAGCCGAUGGGACAAGAUAAGGGCUGAUGUCAGUAAAUUCUCUGGAUACUACGCGAGAGUUCUACGAGAGAAACAAAGUGGUCUAAGUGAUGACGAUAAGACAUCGAAGGCAGCCACAUUGUUCGCUCAUGAGGAGGGCAAACCAUUUCAUUAUAUGCACUGCUGGCAUCAACUGAAGGGGGAACCCAAAUGGGAGAGCAUAUGUCAAGGACACUCUUUUAGAGGAUUACAUGCAAGAUCAAUACCUUCGUCGGGGUGUCCAUCAGUGGAAACACCGGAGACUGACAGUGGAUCCGCUGGACUCUCAGGAAAAAGGCCCCGUGGCCGUGAUUACAGUAAAGCUGAGAGAAAGAAAGCAGGUUCAUCUUCGUCCCCGGAGUACUUAAGCCGAUUACAAGAAAUUACUGAGAAACAAAUACAGAGGUCCAUAGAAAAGGGGGAAAAAAAAGAAAAGACCAGUGAAGAAGAUAGGGAGAUACAAAAGAAGAGAUUGGACUUGGAAGCCCAAAAGUUAAGCAUAAGACAAAGGGAACUCAAACUAGAAGAACUCAAAUCGGCAGAACAACGUUUGCAGAUGCUGUUGUCGACAAACGAAGAAGAUGUAGAUCCUGAAGUUUGGGUUGUCAUGAAGGAACAGAAAAAAAAUUGCAGCAGUUCAUAUUUACUUUUGAGCAAUGAUGAAAGGUUGUGUACGCUGUGCGCCUGUGCUAUUCAGACUUGUUGAAACAAUUUUAGGUUACUUCGUUUACGAAUUUGUAAUAUGCGGAACCGUAUUUGUUUGGUCGAACCACUGUAUCUUAAGUUGUUUGGUGUUGUAUUAGACAAUAAUGAGCUUGGAUGUCAUAAAUGUUUGAACAAGAUUAUUGACAAUCGAAUGGUAUGUUAUAAAUUGUUCAAGAAAACAUGAUUUCUUAUGUUCCGUUGUGUGUGGUACAAUAAAACUUAGUAUGUGAACUAAAAUGUACUAGGUUGUUUGGCAAAUUUGCGAAACGUAGCUUAUUUAUUCGAAUACAAACUUAGACGAAAACACAUAACAAGUAGUGAUAGUAAGUACGAACUCAGCUGCUACGACACUCUAGUAUUACAUACUUCCACGGCGACUCCAUAAGUGCUCGACAAGAUCAUUUUGAAGGGAGCACGAUCUAUCUUGGCGACGUAGAUCGAAGUGGUUAAUAACCCAUUCGGCACGGCCUUCCGCUAUUAUUUGAGAUGAAUCAAUCCUUGAAGAGUUGUCUCCGAAAUCAAUGUUUGCAGCAAAUGGGCCUUCGUCUUCAACGAUCAUGUUAUGCAUGAUGAUGCAAGCCGUCAUUAUCUCUGUCAAACGAUUACGAUCCCAACCAUAAGCUGGUCCACGGAGCACCGCCCACCGGGCUUGAAGUACUCCAAAUGCACGCUCAAUAUCCUUUCGGCAACUUUCCUGCAUCUGAGUGAAGUAGACUUUCUUUUCCUCGUAUGGGUGUCGGAUUGCUUUCACAAAAGUAGGCCAGUUUGGGUAAAUACCAUCAGCGAGGUAAUAACCGAAGUUGUACGCAUUACCAUUAACUGUGUAAUUGACAGGGGGCAUUCGACCAGUAGUGAUUGGGUCAAAGACGGGGGAACGGUGGAGCACGUUCACGUCAUUGUUUGUCCCAGGCAUGCCAAAAAAUGCAUGCCAAAUCCAUAGAUCAUACGUUGCAACAGCUUCAAGUAUCAUGGAUGCCCUACCAUUUCGACCACAAAAUUGACCUCGCCAUGCCGUUGGACAGUUCCUCCACUCCCAGUGCAUGCAAUCGAUGGAUCC